AUGUCUAGUACUACUCGAGUGCUUACCGGGCAAAAUGUCGUUCUGCCGGGACAUGACAGGCCUGUACCUGCGACUAUCAUAGUUGAUAAAACAACAGGCAAGAUCACCGAUAUCCAGCUAAACACGGCAGAACGAGGAGCCUACCAUGGGCUCCGGGAUGAAGAUUACAUAGACGCAGGCAGCAAGUUCAUAAUCCCCGGACUUGUCGACGCCCACGUCCACCUGAACGAACCGGGUAGGACAGAAUGGGAGGGAUUUUAUACCGGCACCAGGGCUGCCGCGUCCGGCGGCAUCACGACAGUCGUCGACAUGCCCCUCAACUCGAUCCCCCCGACCACAACGGUCGAGAACCUCGAGAUCAAGAGGGCGGCUGCGCGCGGCCAGUGCUGGAUUGACGUUGCGUUCUGGGGCGGCGUCAUCCCUGGGAACCAGGCCGAUCUGAUCCCGCUUGUUGAUGCUGGCGUCAAAGGCUUCAAGUGUUUCCUGAUCGAGAGUGGUGUCGAGGAAUUCCCCUGCGUUGUUGAGCAAGAUGUGGCUAAAGCGAUGCAGACAUUGCAGGGAAAGCCCACCGUACUACAGUUCCAUGCUGAACUGGGCGAGCCGCCAUCGCACGCCGAGGCCGCGGAUCCUCGCGCAUACUCCACCUAUCUAGCAACUCGCCCAGAAUCACUCGAGACUAAUGCGAUCCAGCUCAUCACCUCCCUGCACGCCCAGCACCCCGCGCUGCGCUGCCACAUCGUGCACCUGUCCGCGUCCUCCGCGCUCCCGCUCGUGCGCGCCGCCAAGGCCGCGGGGCUGAACCUCACGGUCGAGACGUGCUUCCAUUACCUCUGCCUGAGGGCCGCGGACGUGCCGCACGGGCAUGCCGAGUUCAAGUGCUGCCCUCCGAUUCGCGACGACGGGAACCGCGAGGCGCUGUGGGCGGCGCUGAGGGACGGGACGAUCGAUAUGGUCGUGUCGGACCACAGCCCGUGCGUCGGCGAGCUGAAGCGCCCGGACGAUGGGAACUUGCUGAAGGCGUGGGGCGGGGUGAGCACGCUCGGGCUCGGCUUGAGUGCACUAUGGACAGAGGGGAGAAAGAGGGGCGUAAGUGUGGUGGAUGUGGUCAAGUGGAUGGCGGAAAGGACCGCGGCGCAUGCGGGGUUGGCGGAGCGUAAGGGAGCGAUCAAGGUCGGAUUCGACGCGGAUUUGGUCGUGUGGGAUCCCGAGGCAGAAUUUACGGUGACUAAGGAGAACCUGAACUUCAAGAAUAAGCUCUCCCCGUACGAGGGGAUGACGCUGGCUGGGCGGGUCGAGAAGACGUACUUGCGGGGGCAGCUUGUUUACGACGCAGAGACGAGGUUUGAAGGGCGGGAGCCCACUGGUGUCUUACUCUGA